UCCCCAGGACCCCCGUGCGUGGGUGGGGGCUGCCGUGACCCCGGGGCCUUGGCGGGACCCCCCGGGACCCUCCCGGUAACGGUGUAGCCCCAGGGACUCCCCGGUGCCUGCGGGGGGGGGACCCUGCCCGGACCCUCCGGGACCCCCCUUGGAGGUUCCAGUGCCGAGGGGACCCCGCCGAGACCCCCGGUGUCCCCGCUGGGACCCCAAGUGACGGUGCCGGUGCCUGGACAUCACCACCGGGACCCUCCGAUGACCCCGCCGGGACCCCCAGAGCAGAUGACGUCCUCCACCAAGGUGUACUACAGCCAGACCACGCAGACCGACAGCCGCCCGCUGAUGGGGCCGGGGCUGCGGCGGCGCCGCGUGCUGACCAAGGACGGCCGCAGCAACGUGCGCAUGGAGCACAUCUCGGACAAGCGCUUCCUGUACCUCAAGGACCUGUGGACCACCUUCAUCGACCUCCAGUGGCGCUACAAGCUCCUGCUCUUCUCCGCCACCUUCGCCGGCACCUGGUUCGCCUUCGGCGUGGUGUGGUACCUGGUGGCCGCGGCGCACGGCGACCUGCUGGAGUUCGAGCCGCCCGCCAACCACACGCCGUGCGUGAUGCAGGUGCACACGCUGACCGGCGCCUUCCUCUUCUCCCUGGAGUCGCAGACCACCAUCGGCUACGGCUUCCGCUACAUCAGCGAGGAGUGCCCGCUGGCCAUCGUGCUGCUCAUCACCCAGCUGGUGCUCACCACCAUCCUGGAGAUCUUCAUCACCGGCACCUUCCUGGCCAAGAUCGCGCGGCCCAAGAAGCGCGCCGAGACCAUCAAGUUCAGCCAGAACGCCGUGGUGGCGCAGCACGACGGCAAGACCUGCCUGAUGAUCCGCGUGGCCAACAUGAGGAAGAGCCUCCUGAUCGGCUGCCAGGUCACCGGCAAGCUGCUGCAGACCCACCUCACCAAGGAGGGCGAGAGCGUCCGGCUCAACCAGCUCAACGUGGACUUCCAGGUGGACACGUCCUCGGACAGCCCCUUCCUCAUCCUGCCGCUGACCUUCUACCACGUGGUGGACGAGGCCAGCCCGCUGCGGGACGUGUCCCUGCGCUCGGGGGACGGCGACUUCGAGCUGGUGGUCAUCCUGAGCGGCACCGUGGAGUCCACCAGCGCCACGUGCCAGGUGCGCACGUCCUACCUGCCCGAGGAGAUCCUGUGGGGCUACGAGUUCACGCCGGCCAUCUCGCUGUCGGCCAGCGGCAAGUACGUGGCCGACUUCAGCCUCUUCGACCGCGUGGUCAAGGUGGCGGCGCCCUGCUGUCACCACGAGGCCGUGCGGUUCGGGGACCCCGAGAAGGUCAAGCUGGAGGAGUCGCUGCGGGAGGCGGAGCGGGAGGGGGAGGGGGCCCCGCUCAGCGUCCGCAUCAGCAACGUCUGAGGGGGGACAGAGAGGUGACAUCGGCGCCGGGGUGGCGGCGCCGGGGCGAGGGGUGGCUCCCAGGUGGCACCGGGGCGAGGGGGUGGUGGUGGAUGGUGGCGAUGUCGCCAG